CCGUCGAAAUGGGGAUCUCUUCCGGUCCAGUUCAGCAGCUGGUUCUGCUGGGAGCCAUCCUUCUGGCCAUCAAUCUAUUCGGGAUUCAAGCAAGAAAGCUAAAGAUCCAUAAGUUGGAGAAGGGUAUCGAAGAGACCGAGUAUCUGCACAGCCACCUGCGCAUCGCUGAGUUUAAGGAAAAUGUCCUUCAAGUCAGUGGAGAACUCAAACUGUAUUCGCCCAUGGACAACAGUUGGACGAUCCGCUUUAGGGUCUAUCGAGCUCCAGAGGAGGAUGGGGAGUUCGAAAAGAUAAUGGACCUAAACGAACUGCACGUUUGCGACACCAUGAAGUCCUAUUACAAGGAUUUCUUUUACGAGCAGCUCAAGGAGUACUCGAAUGCCCCUCACCCUUCCACCUGUCCUGUGCCGCCAGAUCACUACAUCCUGGAAGACUAUCCGCUGGAUGUCCAUCUGCUGAAGAAGCUCAUGACGCCGGGGUACUAUCGAACCAAUUUUAAACUUUCAAAGGGCCAUGCCGCUGUGUUAUCAUAUACGGCGGAGCUGGAAAUAGAAUAAGGUGUCCAGAAGUUGCUAAAUGUUCAAUUUAUUGUGGAAAAAAUAAAUUGUAGAACCU